UGUCUGCAAAAGAUGAAUCCUCUAGCCGGCUAAAUCAGAAAAGCUCUAUCAACAAAAAUCUAAGACUUUCUGUCUCUAUCUCUGUAUCUCUCAAAAAAUACAUCUCUUUCUCUUCACUUAAAGUUCACUAAGUUAAUGCCUAUGUCCUUUAUUUGUCUCUUGUCUUUCGCCUCCUAAUCUAUAACACCGUCUCUACUUUGUCUUCCUUACUCACCAAGCCUAAUCCACUAUUUCCCUAGUGACUUCUUUUUCAAGCCUUUUUUUUUUUUUUUUUGACCUAACCAUGGAAUCAAAUCCUCACCUUGAAGACGCCAACAAGAGCUCAAGCGAAGAAGAAACCGAUAGAUCGGAGAAAGCAAAUGAUCAUGAUAUGGGAACAGGUCGAUCCUACGAGUGUGUCUUUUGCAAGAGAGGAUUCACUACAGCACAAGCUUUGGGUGGACAUAUGAAUAUUCAUAGAAAGGAUAGAGCAAAGCCAAGCCUAGCUAGUAGCUCAUCUAUUUCGAGCAAAGUUGAUGAAGAUUACUACGCUAGUUUAAGAGGGUACACUCCGAUUCAAAGCUUCCCUCCUCACUAUUAUUCAACAGCUAAUCAUCAUCAUGAGGUUCAUACAAAUUACCAAACAUUUUUUCCACCAUCUUCAGGGGGAAGUUUUAGGCCUCCAAAUGGAGAUGGACUGUAUGUGCAGAGUCCCCAGAUUUUGAAUCCUUUCGAGGACGAUUGGCGAAGGAGUUUAAGCUUGCAAAUAGGUCCAUCCCAUGUUGAUGAUGAUCACAAUAAACAAAAAGAAAAAGACGGCAGUGUAGCAGAUGAGUUAGAUUUGGAGCUGAGACUUGGUCAUGAUCCUUGAUGAUCUAUAUUCCAUCCUUAAUAUAUUCCAUUCUAUUUGGAAGACAUAUAUGGUAGGAGAAGGAUUAAUUUUCCACUAGUACUUAUUGAGGAAGAAAGACAAGAAAUCCUAUAUAAAAACAAUUUGUUCCGAGUUGAAAUUUUCAAGGUAGUUUUCAUUGAUCAUCUUCUUCAUCAAUUAGC